AUGGCUUCCAGAGGUCUAAGAGAAGAGGAAAUAGAGCAGUUCCUCUUUGAUUAUGCAAAGAGUGAAGAUAGAUUCGACGAUGAUGACGACAGCAUCGCAGAUCCUGAUUUUGUUCUGGAUUUGGAAGUACCAAUGGAAGUCAAUGAUUUUGAAGAGGACAAAAAGGGUUCAGGUCAAUUUGUCCCUCCGGCAGCUGUUCGCCAGGACGAAGUCAGUCAUUGGCCAGUAUGGGUCGAAAAAGGAUCCGUUGGAAGCUUCCUAAAUGCUCUGACAGUUCACAAACCAUGUUUGAAAAGUGUGGAGUGGCAUUAUGCAAUAACAAACAAAAUAACUGUUUCAAAGCAUUCCAUACUUCGUAGAGGAACAUAUUGCUGCAGUGUACCAGUUAUGGUACACUCCCCUUUUUUUGAUUUUGUGGAG